ACGCGCACCCGUUCUCUUACUCUUUCCACCCAGUUCAGCACGCGCUCUCUUUCUCCCUUUUUCACACACUUAUCACACGCAUUUGACAAAAUAAUAAAAACAAUUUACGAAUUCUAGUGAAAAGUUUUAUACAUUGCCGUCUGCGAAAGGGUUUGCAAAAAAAAUGUUCAUUUCACACGAAACAAUGUAAAAGUAGUAAAUAAAAUAACACAGUGUAAAUUCUAUUGUCUGCUUUGGUGUAAAAUAUGUCGAAAGUUGCAAUCAAAACAGAGAAGCUGGAUGAAGAGCAGCAGGAGGAGAUUGGCAUUGAAAGUAAUGUAGCAGUUGAGGAUGGUGUUGGUGAUCAGGAGCAUGAAAAAGUUGCGUCGUCGACGGAUGUGAGUAAUUUAGCAGAGACAGGUAAAAAACACUUAGAAGUGGGACGGAACACAAACAUAUCGAUGCGCCAGCUACAACAAAACCAAACGCAACCUAAUGUUUUAACUAAAAACAGUGCAAGUGACAAUGGCAGCGGUCUUCUUAACCCCAGCAACGAGAUAAUUAGCAACAGAAAAGUUGAAUUACCCAAAUCUCGGUGUGGUGAAGUCUUUGUAUCCAAUAAUGCACGACAAUGGACAUUUAUUUGCACCUAUUGUAACAAAAGUACACGUGACAUUGGCGAAUUUAUAUGCCACAUAAAAAUUAAACAUUUGGGUGGCUUUGUCGACGACGGCGAUGAAACAGAUGAUGGUGAAUACGAAGGAACUCAGCAGUCUAAUUUCUAUGAACAAGAUCAAGAUUAUUUUGAUUGCGGAAACUACUUGGACGUAAAUGUGCACACAGAGUCCGAGGACUACAGUUUAAAUGGACAAGAUCACUCGGCAGCCUACCGAAACACAGGCAUUCACAAUCCACCACAACGCCAAACGGUAACUGCUGGAUCAGGCCCUAAGCAAGGUGAGCACAAUAAACAGUCAGAUCCAAAAAAAAGGAAUAAAUACAAUAAUGCCGAACACAACACAAACGAUUCCGAAAAUGAAACUGCAUUUAGUAAAGAUAUAGAAUCGGCAGCACAAUGGCGUGCCGAUCCAGCUAGUUUCCAAUCAUAUGCAAAUAAAUACACUUUGAAAUCCUCAACGCCCGAUGUCAAAUUGAAAAACACUGCAAAUGGUAAUUCUAGUGCCUAUGAUACUACAGCUGAUUUUACUGCAGGUAAGGACGACUUUGACACAACCGGCGCCUUUGAAAAUGAUGACGAAGAAGAUUUCGAUAAUCAGCUAUUUAUUGCGCCCACCGAUUCAUUGGAUGCCAGCAUACUGGGCGGCGGCACCGAUGUUAGUGGUGGUGAAAUGAAGGCUAAGCGUCGACAAAUACGCGGCACUGCCUAUUGUGCAUUGUGCAAUAAGACCUUCCAAUAUUACUCAUUAUAUCGCAAUCAUAUGAUAAAACAUUCGAAUGAGACACCGUUUAAGUGUCCCAUUUGCAAGAAAGGUUUUAAAUCAAAACAAGCUAUACGCUAUCAUAUGAAUACACAUCAAAAGGAGAAGCAAUUCAAAUGUACCGUUUGUAGCGCUUCAUACGGCACCGAGAAUCAUUUUAUUGCACAUAUUAUGACACAUGAAAGCGCUACUGCGUUUCCAUGUAUGGUUUGCGGCCAAGUGUUGAGCAGUAGUAAGGAGCGUGAUCUUCAUAUGGCUAAUCAUAAAGAGGAACGACCCUUCCGUUGCGACUAUUGUAACAAGCUCUUCCGGUUGCGCCAUCAUUUAUCCAAUCAUUUGAAGAUGCAUCGCAAAUACCGUUGUGAUUAUUGCAAAGAAAUAUUCACCAGCGCUAUAUACUUGCGUAAACCCUACGCUUGUCCAGGCUGCGUUAAUUUGCCCGAAGCGCAGCAGGAUGCCGCAAAUACUGCAAGCGCAAAAGUGGGACGUGCAGCCGCAAGUAACAACGUAAACCCAUUGGAAAUUUUCGAAACAGUUAUACCUGGACAACAGCAAGGUAAUGUUUAUGCACAGAUGGUAACAGAUUCCGAAGGUGAGGGUGAUGAAGAUGAUGGCGAAGUAGAUGAUGACGACGAUGAUGAUGAUAAUGUGCCACAAGACACCCCAAUGGAUGAGGAUGAUGACGAUAAUGAGAAUGUUUCAAGCAGAGCUGCUGACCAAGACGAAGACGAUGAGGAAGAUGAUGUCGAGGAAGAAAAUGGAUAUGAGAAUGGCGCAGGUAAUGGUGGUGGUGGGCAGACACUUGGCUCAUACGGUAUUAGCGGUGGCGGUGGCGAUACAAGUGGCGCCGGACUAAAGCGUUAUGUAUGCAAACUUUGUUCUCGCAGCUAUUCGCACCCUAGUGGGCUAAACUAUCACAUACGUCAUAAGCAUUGCUAGUAAAUGCGUACGUGUUAAAGCAUUGAAAUCCAAUUCUUAUUUAAAUAUUUAAGUAAACUAUACGUUACGACAGUUAAAAAUAAGUACAUCGGUAUUUUAGACAUAAAUAUGCACAGACUUAUUAAAAUUAGUUUUAGAAAAGUAAAGUACGGCGCAAUAGCGUUAAAAAAGUUGAUUGUAUUGCUAAGAGAUUAAUUAAUAAUCUUAGGCACAUAAUUUUGUUCUCCUAAUUUAUCGAUCAUUAUCAGAUGACCACAGACUUUAAGGCAUGCUUUAACAAUGCUUGUACAAAUAUUACAAACUACAGUCUUUCCUAAACAAAUCUAGUCUAACCUUAAACCGUUUGUACUGCAAUUACUUUGUAUUUAACAUAAAUUAUAUGAAAUCAUUUAAGUUGUUUAAGUGAAAUGGUUAAUUUUAUGAACGACAAUUCCGUCUCUACUCUCUGUUAUUGAAAAAAUAAUAACAUUAAAAGUAAAACAAUAGGAACUGUAAACCAUUAACAUGCUAUGGAAAUCAGCUAAACAUUUAUUUACAAUAUUUAGGCUUCAUACACAUACAUACAUAUUUGGAAAAAAAAACAAAAAAUACUCAAAUAAUUAAGCUUACUCAAUACAUACAUGCUAUUAUAUAUAUUAUUUUGCGUAAACGCUUUCUUCAUCCAAAGAAAAUAGAAAAAUGUGUAAACUAAUUUAUUUUCAAUGUUCCAUACAUGCUUCUUCCUACUACUCAUUUUUCGCACAUAUUUCUAAAAAUGCGCACACAUUGUAUGCCCCAUUGUUUUAGUUAUAACAAUCAGUAUUCUUCCAUAUAAGCCAUCACAUAACCAUUAUGAAAACAGAAGUGUAACAGAACUGAUGAUUGUUGAAACUUUAAUAAGCACAUUUAUACUCGUAUGCAUAUACAUACAUACAUACAUAUGUACUAUGAAGCCUUGAGAAGGCCUUAAAGUUAUUUACAAUUUCAUAAAAUAGCGUUGCCCGAAAUAUUGCAGAUUUAGGGAAUUUUUUACUAAAAAAAAAUAAAAUUAGUGACUGCCCAAAUGGUAUUGUAAAACUCCAUUAUGUCUCAAUCAUUGUGUAUUGUAUUAUCGCCAAAAGUGUGUAAAAAUUGUAAUACAUUAAAUUUGUUAAAAUUUUCGAACUAUAGUUUGAAUUUAUAUAUAAUAUAAUUUUAAGUACAUCUAUCUCAUGUUCAUUCUUUAGUGAAUACUGUUUCGAGUAGUAAGCGCUUCGAAAUUUGUUAUUAUUUUCAAGUUUCAACAUUUUAAUUAUAAGUUCAUAAAAUCACGUGCAGUUAUGAAAUUAUUAGAUAUAACUUUAUUGUAAGUUUAUAGUGAAUUUAAGCGCAAAAUAUUAAAUAAUAAGCAAAUAAUUUUUAUUAUGAUUCAGUUUUCAACUAUUAACGAGUUUAGAAAAAUAUAAUGCAAAAGACAAGAUGAAUUUGAAAAGAUUCAAAUGAAA